GCAUACGGCCCAAAUUUUCCAUUCUUUUUUAAAAUUAAAAAAAAAAAAAAAAAAACUGGUUGGGAGUGCAGCUUAAGCCUGACUUCAGGGAUCGGUAGCGAUCUAAAUCCACCAAACAACUGAAAGGAAAUGACAAAUUGACUAUGGAAAUUCAGAAUCAAACUGAAUUGGUGAAGUUAUGCUUAGAAGCCGCUUGUUAUAGUAGAGGAAGCAUCGAAAAAUGGCGGAGACAGAGACGUUCUUUAGACAGAUUGCCACCUCAUCUCGCCGACUCUCUCCUCCGCCACCUCCUCCGUCGCCGCCUCCUCUUCCCUUCCUUGCUAGAAGUUUUCAAACGUAGUGUCGAGGUAAUUGAUCUGAGAGGUGAGAGCUCUGUCGAUGGAGAAUGGUUGGCGUAUUUAGGAGCAUGUCGUUACUUGCGUUCUUUGAAUCUUGCUGAUUGUUAUAGAAUCUCCAGUUCGGCGAUUUGGCCUCUCGCCGGGAUGACUAGUUUGAAGGAAUUGGAUAUUUCAAGGUGCGUAAAGGUUACUGAUGACGGGAUUAGGCAUUUGUUAUCUAUUCCAACUUUGGAGAAGCUGUGUCUCUCAGAGACUGGUGUCACUGAGAAUGGAGUCCAACUCCUCUCUUCGCUUAAAAACUUGUCUGUUUUGGACUUGGGCGGGCUGCCUGUUACUGAUCGUGUGUUGAGUUCUCUUCAGGUUCUGACAAAGCUACAGUACCUUGAUCUUUGGGGAAGUAAAAUAUCUAAUAAAGGAGCUUCUGCUCUUGAGAUGUUUCCAAGGUUGAGUUUCCUCAAUCUAGCUUGGACCAAUGUGACAAAGUUGCCGAGAAUGUCCUCCCUUGAAUGCUUAAACUUGAGCAAUUGUACCAUUGACUCUAUACUUGAACUGAAUGAAGACAAAGCUCCUUUACUAAAGCUAAGUCUCUCAGGAACUACGUUUGUUAACGAGGCUGAAGCUUUUUUAUUUAUUGAAAAAAGUUUCCUCUCCUUUCUGGAUUUAUCUAACACUUCCUUUAAUAGCUUUAGCUUUUUACCGGAAAUGAAAGCCCUGGAACAUUUGGAUAUCAGCUCAAGCAUCAUGAGAGAUGAUACAAUUGAAAUGGUUGCAUGUAUAGGUGCAAAUUUGAGAAAUUUGAAUCUCAGCAACACAAGAAUCAGCUCUGCUGCAGUAGGGAUUUUAGCUGGCAAUCUUCCCAAUCUUGAAAUUUUAUCAUUAUCUGGCACACAAAUAGACGAUGCUGCCAUGUCAUAUAUAAGCAUGAUGCCCUCACUGAAGGCUAUUGACUUGAGCAAUACAGAGAUUAAAGGUUUCAUUCAACAGGUGGGUGCUGAGACAGAUAUGGUUCACUCACUGACAGCACUGCAAAGUCUGAAUCAUUUAGAAAUGUUAAAUUUGGAGCAGACCCAAGUCAGUGAUGAAGCUCUUAGUCCAUUAUCAAACUUCCAAGAAUUACACCGUUUCUCUCUCAGGAGUCCUUCCCUGACAGAUGUCUCUCUGCGCCUAUUGUCAUCUCUAUCAAAGUUGACGCAUCUUUCUGUUUGUGAUGCUGUGCUGACUGAUUAUGGGCUUGGUUCAUUCAGAGCCCCAGAAGCUCUAAAAUUUCUAGACCUGAGGGGAUGCUGGCUCUUAUCCGAGGAUUCCAUCAGGUUAUUUUGUAAAAGAAAUCCACAAAUAGAAGUAAGGCAUGAACUUAGGUCUGUUGCCUCAUCAGAACAAGUCAGCUCUAACCGUCCAUCUCGAUCUCACAUAUCUUCAGUAUCGCCAAUGAGCAAAAUGCAGGAGCAAACUCCAUGGUCACUGUGUUUUAUAGAGAUUGAAAUACAGCCGGGAGGAGCUACUUGAAUUGCAGUAUUCAGCCUUAUGUCUUGAAUUGCCUUGCGACAGUGAUACUCAAGAGGUAAUGCGAUUGGAAUAAAAUGCUUUGUGUCGUAAUAUUCUGUACGAUUAAGUGAUAUUUUUUGUUCAACAAUGGGGUAAAUUAUGUGUAAUUUGAAUUUGAGUAGAUUAUUAACGGUUGGUAAGUCACUUCCUGAUGAGGCUUAGGAUUGCGAUCCGAAAAUUUAUUUGAUGCUGCAGUAAAGGAUAGGGUGUUAGUUAAAUUGUAUUAAACAGAUGUUCAAUUAUUAAUUAUCUGUAGUGUCGUGAACUAUCACUCUGAA